AUGGCCCGAAGGCCAGCCCACCCAGCGAUGUACAAGGAGGCUAAUACAAAGUCCAAAAGUAGCGCCUUAACAAUACCAAGGGAUAAACCGCCAUCGUAUUACAUAGGACUAUGUAUCGCUUGCUUCGCCUCUGCCAGUCGUAGCGCCCUUAGGCGGUGGGGGUUUCUACUUCUUCAUACGGUCAGUAUCUGUAGCCACUAUUUCGUUAACAUUUUUACGGGUUUUGUUCUUACUUUACGGAUCUCCGUUUUGGUGGCGUCUCUUAACUUGCACUUGUGUGGCCUUCGUUCCCCAACCACCCUUUCGUCUCUAGUGGAUGGGACGCUGCAAGGUCACUGUUUUCAAAACGAGACGGAAUGUGGCAUUGUGAGCCCGACAGAGGGUAUAAUCGUGAUUGAGACAAUGAGUUUUCCUCGAUUUUUGCCAUUUGUUAUGUGGAGGAAAUAUCGAGAUACUGAUAUAUUUACGAAGACAAGGAGGACCUCUGACGUACCGGGCGAGCCGGGCCCACCGUCCCUCAGCAGCACCGACUCGUUUGUUGAUGAGGAGGAUCUAACCGACAGCUAUGUGAGCCGCACCCUAAAGUUUUGUGAAACAGGUACUUUUACCGUUGAGAUUUAUGGCGUUGCAAUUGGACCCCACCCAAUAACUAUGAAACCAUCUCGAAUCAUUGAACUAAUUGGGCAGUUGAAGUACAAACCCACAGAAGAUCUUGCCUUGGACACAUGGAAAUCCGGGGAUAGUUUAUUGAAGCUAAGAGAAAUAUAUUUCAUUACCCCGAUUAAUUUACUUUGGCAAACUCAAAUAUAG